CAAACCAGACUCAAUGCUAAAGUAAUGACCCACUCAAACCUGUAGCUCAAGCUUCUUUUUAUUUUAUUUUUGUUUGUUUCUUUGGACAUAACUACAUCUUCACCAUUUUCUUUCGAAAAAUGCAAGUGUUUGGUUUACAGAUGAAGAAGAAAAGUUUAUUUUCGUUAUCCGUGUUCUUGCUUCUUUGUCAAUUUGCUUCCCCGCUGAGCGAUGAAGGGAAAGCUUUGAUGGCGAUUAAGGCGUCCUUUAGCAAUGUAGUGAAUGUGUUGUUGGACUGGGACGAUGUGCACAACUCUGAUUUCUGUUCAUGGCGUGGUGUUUUCUGUGACAAUGCCACCCUGUCGGUUGUUUCUUUGAACUUGUCUAGCUUGAAUCUGGGUGGAGAGAUUUCGUCAGCCAUUGGAGAUUUGAGUAACUUGCAAUCUAUAGACUUUCAAGGGAACAAGCUAACGGGCCAAAUUCCAGACGAGAUUGGGAACUGUGCUUCCCUAGUUCAUCUGGACUUAUCUGAUAAUAGUCUUUUUGGUGACAUACCAUUUUCAAUGUCAAAGCUCAAGCAUCUUGAGUACUUGAAUUUGAAGAACAAUCAGCUCAUUGGCCCUAUUCCUUCGACAUUGACCCAGAUUCCUAAUCUGAAGACCCUGGAUCUUGCUCGAAACCAGCUUACGGGUGAGAUACCAAGGAUAAUUUAUUGGAGUGAAGUGAUGCAAUACCUUGGGCUACGAGGCAAUGCUUUGACUGGAACCCUGUCCCCUGACAUGUGUCAAUUGACUGGCUUGUGGUAUUUUGAUGUGAGAGGCAAUAACUUAUCUGGCACAAUUCCAGACAGUAUUGGUAACUGUACAAGCUUUGAGAUACUGGAUAUAUCUUAUAACCAGAUAACUGGUGUGAUACCAUACAAUAUUGGCUUCCUGCAAGUGGCAACACUGUCACUUCAAGGAAAUAAGCUAACUGGGAAAAUUCCAGAGGUGCUUGGCUUGAUGCAGGCUCUAGCUGUUCUGGACUUAAGUGACAAUGAGCUCAUUGGACCAAUCCCACCCAUACUUGGCAAUUUGUCGUAUACUGGAAAACUAUAUCUCCAUGGCAACAGUCUAACUGGACCAAUCCCGCCAGAGCUAGGCAAUAUGUCAAAGCUUAGUUACUUGCAAUUGCAUGAUAAUCAUCUUGUUGGGACCAUUCCUGCUGAGCUUGGGAAGCUUGAGCAAUUGUUUGAAUUGAAUCUUGCAAAUAAUAACCUUGAAGGACCCAUUCCACAUAAUAUCAGUUCCUGUACAGCACUGAAUCAAUUCAAUGUGCAUGGUAAUCACUUAAGUGGGUCCAUCCCAUCUAGCUUCCGCAAUCUGGAGAGUUUGACUUACCUAAACCUGUCAAAGAACAAUUUCAAAGGUUGGAUACCAACUGAGCUGGGACGAAUCAUUAAUCUUGAUACAUUGGAUCUUUCUGACAAUGAUUUCUCUGGACCUGUUCCUGCUUCUAUUGGCGAGCUGGAGCACCUUCUUACCCUAAACUUGAGCCGGAAUCAUUUUAAUGGGUCAUUGCCUGCUGAAUUUGGCACUCUUAAAAGCAUACAGAUAAUUGAUGUGUCUUUCAACAAUCUCUCUGGUAGCAUCCCUGCAGAACUGGGCCAGCUCCAAAAUAUCUUUUCUCUGAUAUUGAACAACAACAACUUGCAUGGCGAAAUUCCGGUCCAGCUUACCAAUUCUUUCAGUCUAUCCAACCUGAAUGUGUCUUACAACAACUUAUCUGGGAUUAUACCUCCAAUCAGAAACUUCUCAAAAUUUUCUCCUGACAGCUUCAUUGGAAAUCCACUGUUAUGUGGCAACUGGUUUGGAUCAAUAUGUGGUCCUUCGAUACGGAAGUCUAGGGUUAUUUUCUCCCGAGCUGCUGUUGCUUGUAUGAUUUUGGGCUUCAUUACAUUGUUAGCUAUGGUUGCAGUUGCUGUAUACAAAUCUAACCAGCAGAAACAACAGUUUAACAAGGCUUCCAAAAAGUCUGUGCUGGCUCCACCCAAGCUUGUGAUUCUUCACAUGGAUAUGGCUAUUCACACCUUUGAUGACGUAAUGAGAACCACUGAGAAUUUGAGUGAGAAGUAUAUUAUAGGAUAUGGUGCAUCUAGCACGGUUUAUAGAUGUGCGUUGAAGAAUUCCCGACCAGUUGCAAUUAAGCGACUUUACAAUCGGUAUCCUCACAACUUGAGAGAGUUUGAGACUGAACUUGAAACCAUUGGCAGCAUCAGACAUAGAAAUAUUGUCAGCCUGCAUGGUUAUGCAUUGUCACAGUGGGGAAAUCUCCUCUUCUAUGAUUACAUGGAAAAUGGUUCUCUUUGGGAUCUUCUGCAUGGAUCCUCAACAAAAGUAAAACUUGAUUGGGAAACUCGCCUGAAGAUUGCAGUUGGAGCUGCUCAAGGACUUGCUUAUCUUCAUCAUGAUUGCAACCCCCGAAUUAUUCACAGGGAUGUUAAGUCCUCAAAUAUCCUGUUGGAUGAGAAUUUUGAUCCACAUCUCUCAGAUUUUGGUAUUGCUAAAUGUAUACCAACUGCGAUGGCUCAUGCUUCAACAUAUGUUUUGGGAACUAUUGGCUACAUAGACCCAGAGUAUGCCCGCACCUCUCGGCUUAAUGAAAAGUCAGAUGUUUAUAGCUUUGGCAUUGUGCUUCUUGAGAUUCUGACAGGGAAGAAGGCUGUGGAUAACGAAUGUAACUUGCAUCAGCUGAUACUGUCCAAGGCCGAUGACAAUACAGUAAUGGAGGCUGUUGACCCAGAGGUUUCAGUUACUUGCAUGGAUAUGAACAAUGUUAGAAAGACCUUCCAACUUGCUCUACUGUGCACUAAGCACAACUCUUUGGACAGACCAACGAUGCAGGAGGUUGCAAGGAUUUUGGUCUCCCUUCUUCCAGCUUCUCCCACCAAGUCCACUUUGGCUCCAAAAUCGACCGACUAUGCCAAAUUUGUAAUUGACAAGGGACAUCUGCGGCGACAACUUCAGCAGCAGCAAGUUCAGCAGAACAAUUCAGCCGAUGCUCAGUGGUUUGUUCGGUUUGGAGAAGUUAUAUCUAAGAACUCCCAUUAAAUUACAAGUUGCUUUUUGUUAUGCACACAGGAAUGAAAAAAGAACACGGGAGAAUGGAUAGUCCGGAAUUUUGGUCCAUUUGGUGUCAGUUCCUGUUGUUAGAAAAUGUAUAUGGUCCCUUAUCUGAAAAUUUUGUACAUUUUGGACUGACUAGAUAGGAAAUUAUUCAAAGUAGUAUAAACUU